CUCACCGAUCCCCGAGACGCUAUCCUUCUCUCUGCCAUCGGAAUGCGACCGUAUAAAUUUAACUGAUCGGCUUCAUUCUCUCUAACCUAUCCCUCAUCCGAUUUCCAGAUCCCGCUCGCCGCGCCAUGGCCGACGCCGUUGCUUCUUCUACUCCAUCAGCAGCCGGUGAUGCCGCCAUCGCCACCGACGGAAUCGCCACCGACGGCAUCUCCACCGACGGCAUCUCCACCGUCCCUUCCAUAGCUCACAACCACCCUCCUUACGAUGAUAUGAUUUUAAGGGCAAUUGAGGCGCUUAAGGGUCGCAAGGGGUCGAGCUGGUACGCAAUCUCGAAAUACAUUUCGGACAAUUACUCUGACCUUCCGCCAACUCACGCCACUCUCCUCACUGAUCACCUCCGCCAACUCCACUCCAAAGGCGUCAUCCGUAUGUUGAAGCUUUGCUAUAAGCUCGAAGAUGGAUCAAGGAAGCUAGGUCGGCCCCCUAAGUCCGUUCCUUCUGGUGAACCCAGAAAGCGUGGCCGGCCUCCGAAACUUUUAUCUGAUGUUUCUGCAACUAACAAGGGAAAGCCAGGGCGGCCACCGAAGGGUACUGGUCCACUGGUCAAUGGACCGGUUUAUAUUGUUUCGCAGGCCGAGCAGCUUAGUUCUGGUCUUUUACAGGGUUUUCCUGGGGCUGUGGCUAUUGUUCUUCCCAAGAGCCUGUUGAGCGAGAAGGCGGCCAAGAGCCCCAUUCUUAUUUUGCCUAAAGGGAUCCAGUCUUUGGUUGAUGCUUCUGCUGGGAAGAAGAAGCGGGGAAGGCCAAAAAAUGUUGAUAUUAAGAAAAAGCGUGGUCGGCCAAGAAAGAAAGCUGCUUCUGCUUUUUCUAGGCAGGAGCUAGGGAGUUAUGGAGAUGAGAAUGGAAAGCCUGCAAAUCUUGUUGCGAAAGGGCCUGGACGACCAUGGAAGAUCAGAGACUUGCUGGUGCCUGGAAAUACAGGGGAGAUAUUAGAGAAAUCUAGAGAGACAGACAUACUUGGAAGUGUUCAAGGGGCUCAGGAUACUACAGGUUUGGAGGUGAAAAAGAGAUCUGUUGGGCGCCCCAGGAAAACGCCAUUGGUUGAAGGUUCCAAUCCUCCUUCUGAUGUUCUAGUUAAAUAAGACAUUGGCAUAAUUAUCUGCUGUGUUAUUUAGAUUUAUCUGUUGGGUCAUGAAUUGCUAGUUUUUAUGUCAGAAAUAGUGGUGAAUAUACCAGUAGCUGGAUAGUUAGUUGUGCUUGUAUGAAUUUUAUGCUUGUUUUAUGUGGUUUAGCUUAUCAACUGAAAGUUUGAAAUAGUUCUUUAUCUUGGUGUAAA